AUGGCGUUUACCAUCAAGCAGAUGUCUCUGAUAGUGGCGACCCUUGGAAUUCUGUCCUUUGUGCUUGGGGUGAUUGCUGAAAACAAGAAGCCUUCAAGUGGUAUUCCAAUAACUGGGAAAGGUGUUGUGAUUUGCAAGUACCCGGCCGAUCCAUCUGUGCCACUGGGAUAUUUGUCCACCGCCUUUCUGAUUGUCUCGGCUGCUGCCGGCUGCUAUUCCCUGUUUUACAACUACCAAGGAAAGUCCGUUCCUCGUGCGGCUUUUAACCAAAAUAAGGGAUUCCUUGUCUUCUCCAGUGUCGCCUUGGCCACCUCUCUUUUGGCGCUGGCAUUCUUGCUGUGGCCCACGAUCCAGGGGCAUAUCCUCCGCAUCAACAACGUGCACCACAAUUUGGAGUUCAAUUGUGCAACGGCUAAAACGGGUAUUCUCGGUGGGGGGGCCUUCCUUUCGCUCGAUUCUUGCCUUUUCUGGCUUGUUGCUCUAAUGCUGGCCGACAAUGUCCGUGCCGACUAUUUCGAGGAGUCGGAUGAGAAGGUCCCGACCAGCUAUGGUACAGCUGAGUCUCUUAAGGCGAUUGCUUGA